GUCACUGCAGUCGAGUUGGACCCAAAAGCAAAAAGCAAAAGAAGAAAACGAAAAAUUAGUGGUGUGUCGACGACGAAUUUGAACUCAAAGUUGAGCAAUUUAAUCGCCAGAAAACAAGUUGUAAAUUUGCAAAAUUAAGCCAAAUAUUGCGCAGAGGAUGUGCUUCGCUUGAUCCGGCAACAGAUUCCGGAAAAAUUGGCUUGACGUGUGCGUUUUAAUCGUGUGGGAUUCUUCCAGGGUUUGGGAGAGGUGGAGAUUUUGGUAGAAGGAAAAAGGCCUGAAACGUCACUACUUCCCACGUCAGCCGGAAUCGCGGAACGUUCAGGAUGGUACUGAUAGCGGCCGCCGUGUGCACCAAGGCCGGCAAAACGAUCGUGUCGCGCCAGUUUGUCGAGAUGACCAAGGCGCGGAUCGAGGGGCUGCUGGCGGCGUUCCCGAAGCUGAUGACGUCCGGCAAGCAGCACACCUUCGUGGAAACGGAUUCGGUGCGGUACGUUUACCAGCCGCUGGAGAAGCUGUACAUGCUGCUGAUCACGACCAAGGCCAGCAACAUCCUGGAGGAUUUGGAGACGUUGCGGCUGUUUUCGAAAAUUAUUCCCGAGUUCUGUCGGUCGCUCGAGGAGAAGGAAAUUGUGGAGAAUGCGUUCGACCUGAUCUUCGCCUUCGACGAGAUCGUUGCGCUCGGUUACCGGGAGAGUGUCAACCUGGCCCAGAUCAAAACCUUCGUGGAGAUGGAUUCGCACGAGGAGAAGGUCUACCAGGCGGUUCGGCAGACGCAGGAGCGCGAGGCCAAGCAGAAGAUGCGCACGAUGGCGAAGGAGCUGCAGCGGAAGCGAAUGGAGCAGAAAAAGGACGGAGGUCGUGGAGGGUACGGCGGGGGAAGCUCCGAGGGAUUCGGCAACAGUGGCUCUUCGGGCGGCGGGGGCAUUUCCAAUCAUUCCUCGAUUUCGACGCCCUCGAUCGGAAUCGGCGAGAUCAAGCCGGCGGCCAGUGCACCCAAACCAGCUCCUUCGCGGAACGCCCUCAAGCUGGGCGGCAAGAACCGGGACGCGGACACGUUCGUCGACCAGCUCAAGAGCGAGGGUGAGAAGGUGACCAGCAAUCCGGUGCCGAGUGCGGCGUCCUCCUCGUCGGCAGCGGCCUCCGCCGCCAAAGCCAAGCCGGUUUCGGACGUGCCGAUGGAUGACAUCCACCUGCGCCUGGAGGACAAGAUCGUGGUGCGCGUCGGCCGGGACGGUGGCCUGCAGGCAUUCGAGCUGUCCGGCCUGUUGACGUUGCGCAUUGCCGACGACAAGUACGGCCGCAUCCGGAUCCAGCUGGAAAACGGCGAUCAGCGCGGAAUCCAGCUGCAAACGCACCCGAACGUGGACAAGGAGCUGUUCCGGAGCAAGGGCGCGAUCGGGCUGAAGAACCCGGCCAAACCGUUCCCGCUGAACACGGACGUGGGCGUGCUCAAGUGGCGCUACCAGACGCAGGACGAGUCGGCCAUCCCGUUGACCAUCAACUGUUGGCCCUCGGAAAACGCCGAAGGCGGUUGCGACGUGAACAUCGAGUACGAGUUGGAACAUACGCGGCUGGAGCUGCAGGACGUGUGCAUUACGAUCCCGUUGCCCAUGGGAAUCGCCCCGUCGAUCGCGGAGUGCGACGGCGACUACCACCACGACUCCCGCAAGAACGUGCUCCAGUGGAACCUGCCCGUCAUCGACGCCGCCAGCAAGCAGGGCUCGAUGGAGUUCAGCGUGCCCAGCUCGAUCCCCGGCGACUUCUUCCCGCUGGAUGUGUCCUUCUCGUCGAAGGUGCCGUACGCCGAGCUGACCCCGCUCAAGGUGCAGAUGGUGGAGGACGGCACGGACGCCAAGUAUUCCGCGGAGACGCUUUUCUACACGGACAAGUACGAGAUUGUGUAAUUUUGUCGCCGGCGCCUUCCCUGAAAUCUUGCGUGUGGAAAUCAACUACACAGACAGACACACACACUUAUGCAUUCGAUAAUAGUGGUACACAGAUUAUCCUUCUUAUUUACGAUUAUAUUACACAAACACACAUGAUGAUGAUUCGUUGUCCGUUUGCGCUAUUGUUUUCUGUAUAAUGCCAAGUACGCAAUUGUUUAGAUUAGGAGUAUUGUACUAACAACAAAGCCACACACACACACACACACACAAGCGUAAGCUCUAUAUCCAAGAUAAAACAAAAACAAACAGUAAAUUUAAUUUAUAGUGAAAGCAACAAAUCAGAAAAGUUUUGCUGAAAACGGCAUGUAGCGGGACUUAGAAUAUAUUCUCGCAAAAGAUGAAAAUGAAACUCUGCAGUUAUAAAUGAUAAGUUUUGACGAGAAACAA